AUACAGUUAAGCAGUGUAUCACGAAAAUGGUCGUAGCAUAAGCGACAUAAUUUUUACACAUAAAUGGUGUUCCUGUACUUAUUUCAUAAAGCCUCGCUUAAUCGCUCAAGAUUUUCAAAUAUUUUCUAUUCCAGGAUUCCUUGGAGUUUGAUUUAUAGGCACACUUGAUAGUCAACCGCCACCAAUCUUAAAACAUGCAGUAUUGUAAAACACUAAUCUGACUUCAUUAAAAGAACUAGGACUCGAUUAUCUGAUGUUGGGGCGGGGAUCGAAUGUUGUGUUUGGCUGAUAAAUUGUGUUUGAGUACGUAAAUAUUCUUAAGCGUUUUUUUUAAUCUAUCCAUCAUUGUUCCAUAAUUUUCACAUAACCGUUAGGCAGAACUGAAGGAACCGGGUAAGAAACUGACCGCCGUGAGACCCAGCGGCCGCUUCGCUCUCUCUCGCUUACCACCACACCGGCCGAUCUCCAGUUUGCACGUCUUUAGUAAAGAGCGAACAUGAAUCGCAGUUUUAUAUAAAUGCGUUGCACACAAUCGGUGUGACGCCUGCCGUUGACAACUGGUCGAUUAUCGCAGGAGAUGGACGUUAUGCCCCAGAUAGGCCUUCUGCUCGGAUAUAGUGUCCCGACCAAACUGUUGGCAUCCUUUAAAGACCUCUCACGGGCUCUCUUUCGUAGCUGUAUUAACCUUUACAGCAGCUGAAUAAAAAUGGAUAGGGGGUUUUUACUGAUGACGAUCACGUGUAAUACAAUGCAGUCGUCUAAUUUGUCGCUGUUUGAUGCCGACAUGUUUAAAGUAAACGUCAACGUUAGCCUAAUGAAAUCCCGCCGCUGAUCUGCACUGAUCGUCAGUCUCUUGUAAGCAAACUACAGACGGGGCAGAAAGUGAGAUAGUGUAUGUGGGGCGACAGAUAUUGGUUUUUACGGGGUGUUUGUAGGAGCCGCGCUACGCUUCGCCUGCAGAUAUGGGCUAACGGGACUGAAGGAGUUCGGAGGAUUUCCUGCGUGCGGCGCGGAAGGAUCGCGCUUGUUGGUGUGCGCUGCGUCUGGCUGAGUUUGAGGUUAUUUCCUGUAGCCGCGGAGUGAUCUCAAUUGUGCGCCUCUAUGCGAUUCAAUGUAAGUCAACGCGAAUCUGAAGCUUUGGAAGAACAUGGCGACUUCACUGCAUGAGGGACCCGCUAACCAGCUCGAUCUGCUCAUCAGAGCCGUGGAGGCCUCAGCCCACAGCAGCCCGGUCCAGUGUUCGGACAAGACCAUCGAGGCAGCUGAAGCACUGCUACACAUGGACUCCCCCUGCAGCCUGAAGGGGGACCGCAGUCCAGACGUGUUCGUGCCGCCCUACGUGAACACGCCCGAACUCAUCCACGCGGCCAUGCGGCCGGACGUGAUGACGGAGACGGAGGUGGAGGUGUCCACAGAGGAGGCUGAGCCCAUGGAGCUGUGCACCGUGCUGGAGGCCCCGCUGGGCGAACCCGUCAGGAAGAAGAAAGCGGGCCGGAAGCCGAAGACGCACCAGCCGGCGGUAUCCAACGGCUCCCCGGAUCCGGGCAUGAAGAGGAAACCUCGGGAGGGCCGAGGUAACACCACCUACCUGUGGGAAUUCCUCCUGGACCUUCUCCAGGACAAGAACACCUGUCCCAGGUACAUUAAGUGGACGCAGAGAGAGAAGGGCAUCUUCAAGCUGGUGGACUCCAAGGCGGUAUCCAAAUUGUGGGGCAAACACAAAAACAAACCAGACAUGAAUUACGAGACCAUGGGCAGAGCCCUAAGGUAUUACUACCAAAGAGGCAUCCUGGCCAAAGUGGAGGGCCAGCGUCUGGUGUACCAGUUCAAGGAGAUGCCCAAAAACAUCGUGGUGAUCGACGACGACAAGUCGGAUGGCGGCGGCGGUGGCGAUGGGCUCCUGGGCACGGAGAAGCAGUGUGGCGGCCGCGUGCCGCCCUCCUCUGAGGCUCUGCUGACUGUGCCCGAGCUGGCCAAGGCCCCCGGCACGCUAAGGGGGGGUGGGCGGCCGCCUGCACAUGCCAGCCCCGCCAGGGGGAAAGGGGUGCUCUCGGUGGCCCCCAGCGCACGGAUAGUCACGCUGACGGGGGCCACCGAGGUCCCCCAGGGCCAGCAGCAGACCCAAGGAGCCAGCCUCCCCCUGGCCUCUGGGCCCAGGACGGUGCGCGUGGCCAUGCAGGUGCCCGUGGUGAUGACCACAUCGCUGGGCCAGAAGAUCUCCACGGUGGCGGUGCAGUCGUCCAACUCGCCCAUCACCGCCGGCGGUGGCGGUCCGACCAAGGUGGUCCUCCAGACCAUCCCCACGGUGGUGCCCGCCGUGGCUGAGAAUGGAGAGAAGAUCACCGUGCAGCUGGCCAAGAUCAUCACCAUCCCCGCCGCCCAGCUGGCCCAGUGCAAAGGCGGCCUGGGAGGCUCUUCCAGCCUUAACCUGGUGGGGGCGCCUUUGGCGGUUCAGGCACUCGCGCCCAUGUCUGUGCCCCCGGGGACGCAGGUGGUGCGACUGGCGCUGCCCGCGCAUCAGCAGUCGGCAGGCAGCCAAAUCGGGGUGCAGGCUGCGACACAGCUCAUCAGCGCCAUCGUCAGGCAGGCCGACAUGAAGCGGGAGGGCGCGGGCCAGACCCCACCCAGGACGCAGGACUCUAAAGUUCAAGAGGGGGCGGCAGCCGUCCCUGCCGCCGUGAAAGAGGAAUCCCCGGAGAGCUGAGAUGCCAGGGGCUGGGGGGGCGGGGCUGGGGUAUGAUGUCACUUGAUGGCUCCGAUUCUCCGGGCAGCCAGAGACUGUUGUGCUCGCCGGCCGGAAAGAGUGCCGGUCUGGAUGAGCUGGAUUGUACAUCUGCUUCACAUUUCAAUUGCAUUUUGCAUAAUAUAGUCAGAGUGACUUUAAACACCGACGGACUUGACAAGACCCUGUUUUUUUAAAAAGUUCUCCCACAAUUCCAAGUGGGACUUUGUACCACAAUUUCAUAUAAGCAGCAUGGGGGGGUGAAGAGCAGAAGAAUUGAGGGGUGAAAAAAGGGACCAACCCAACACUAUAAUUACUGACACUAUGUAUACUGAACACUAGAGGGCGAUCAGUGAAAUCGAACUUGUAGGGAAGUCACGUUAAACACUUUGUAUAAAGGGUUGUUUUUUUUUAAAUGAUGAAACCAGCAGUUUGACUAUCACUGUGUGCACAUUGUAUCCAUGGGUGCUAUGUGAGUCUUUCGGAGGCUCCUCUGGGGGGGUUAAAAUGCUGAUUCUCAGCAGCUUGGAAGGAGGAAGUCAAAGGGACUUUGUAUAUAUCUCCUAUACAGUUUAUAAAAUUUCAAAGCAGCCUUAGAUUGAUCUAUUUCCCCGCUAUCUUCAGGUAAAUAAGCUUUUUGUGUACAGCCGAUUUCCCGCCUUUUUUCUUUUUUUGAUACCUUGUACCAAGCGCAGUAUUACUCAAACGACAUUUUUAGUUCGAUGCCUGUUGGCGCUCAUGCAGACCUCGCUGUAAGUCCGCCUGCUGUCUAGCCUCAGCAUCUCUUCACUGUUUGUUUUUCUGUCUUUCUGCCAGUUUAAAGAAAAAAAAAAACAUUUUAGCAUGAAUCUUUGCAGCUACUGCAGCUCUACAUUUUCUUGCAUUUAUUUUUUAAGUUGAGGGGGAGAGAUGUUCGCGUUCAGACUGAACUAGUUUGUAUAUUCAACAUUUGAAGUAUAUUCUAUUUUGUUGUACUCUUGUUUCAAAGUGUAUUCAAGUAGAUUUUACUGAAAUAUAAAAAAAUUAAACGAUUUUGUCUUUCAUGCA